AUGCCGCAGCCGUACAUCCACUCCUUCGCCCACAUCCCGACCGUCCGCUCCACAUUUCCGCCCGGCACCUCCUCGGAUUCGCAUACCCGACAAUCCGGAGGUGGUCAUGGUCAUGGACAUGGAGAUGUAGAUGGAGGUGUAGAUGUAGUUGGACAUGGUGGAAAUGAUGGUGAUGAUGGACAUGGUGCGCUACCGCAGGAAUUCGACUUCAUCGUGGUAGGCGGCGGCCCCUCGGGCUGUGCGCUCGCGACACGGCUGUACGCGCGCACGCAGGGGCGGGCGAGCGUGCUGCUGGUCGAGGCUGGGAUGCACCCCGCAGAGAGCCCCGAGCUCAACAACUGCGUCCCGCGCAUCCUGCAGACGCGCGCCCUCCACCGCUCCGCGUUCGAUUAUGCGUAUCCUACCCACCACGAGCACGAGCGCGAGCACGAGGACGACCACGAGCGCGAACACGGACACGAGCACGGACACGAACACGAGCGCCACCACGAGCACGGGAAUACCGAGGAUACCGAGGAUAACAAGGACGGGGAAGGAGGUGCAGCGCAGGGCACAGAGCACGGCGCGAAUCCGAAUCCGAAGCCGAAGCCGAAGCAGCUGGUGCUCAACAGCGGCAAAGUCCUCGGCGGCUCGACGUGUAUCAACUUCGGGAUCUGGACGAAGGGUGCGAAAGCCGACUACGACCUCUGGGCUGCCCUCGUCGGGUGCGACGAGUUCUCGUGGGCGGGGAUGGGCGCGUGCUUCGACCGCGCGGUGUCCCCCUCUCUCCCUAAUCCUACUCCUCCCCAUCCUACUCCCACCAAUCCCCCUACUCCCACUCCCACCCACCCCGCCCCCGCCCCCACUCCCACACCCCCGAUCAAGACGCGCCGCAUCUCGCAGAGCCCGCGGCUGCAUCGCUGGUCGGGCGUCGCGCGGCGCGCGCUCGAGGAGCGCGGGUUCCGCGUGCUUGAUUCGGCGGUAGAUAGGGUGUAUGGGGUAGAUGAUGGGGUGAAUGGGGGGUUGGGGGUGAAUGGGGUGAAUGGGGGGUUGGGGGAGCUCGGGGGUUCUGAUACCGGUGCGCGCGUAGGUGGAGGCGUAGGUGGAGAGGGAGGAGGUAGAGAGGGAGUGGCUGAUGUAUUCGGAGAACUGACGGAAUGCGUGGAUGCGGCGCAGGCUCGGUCGACGGCGCUGGGGUAUUUCGAGGCGAUCGUCGAUCCGCUUCUACUUCCACAAACACGAGAGGCGGAUACCGCGUCCGCGUCCGCUUCUUCUCCUUUAAUUCCUGCUGGUGCGAUUCCUGCUCCUGCAACUCCUGCAACUCCUACAACUCCGACGAGGGCGAGGGCGAAGUUCGAGGUCUGGACGAGUCUGCGCGUCGAGCGUGUCGUUUUCGAGGACGAUGUCGAUGGGGAGGAGGGGAAGAAGAAGAAGGCGGUGGGCGUGCAGACGCGAUUCGGGGUCGUGCGUGCGCGGAGGGAGGUGAUAUUGUGCGCAGGCGCCAUCCAGAGCCCGUACAUCCUCCUGCAAUCAGGCAUCGGCCCCGCACCCCACCUCGCCGCGCGCGGCGUGCCCCUCGUCCGCGACUCGCCCGGCGUGGGCAGGAACCUGUGGGAGCACCCCUUCGUGGACGUCCGCGCGAAACUGCGCCCGGCGCACCGCAAGGAUACGGUCGAAACGUUUGCCUCGCUCGUGACCUCGGCGCCGCAUCUGCACCAGUGGGCGACGGAGCGCAGCGGGCUGAUGAGCGGUCUUCCGUACGAGUGGCUCGCGUACAGCAACAUGCACGCCGAGCUCUCUUCUCUAUUCACCCCGCCCCAUCCUUCUUCCCGUCCUUCUCCCCCACCCUUGCAACCCUCCGCUCCUCCAUCCACGUUGAUACCCCCAACCCCAACAGACACGCACGUCCUCCUCCGCUCCAACGCCCCGCACAUCGAGCACCUCAUCCACUACGGGCACGGCCUCGCCCCCGCGCCCGACGCGACGGCAUCGUCGUACAUCGCCGUCAGCACGGUGCUCCUCGUGCCGCGCUCGCGGGGAUACGUGGAGAUCCCCCCCACUUCGACCUCGACUUCGACUUUGACUUUGCGCGGCGCUGAGGGCCCCGCGGCCGAGACGCCCCAGAAACCCCGCAUAGUGGUGAACCAGCUGAAAGACCCCGUCGACCGGUGUGUGCUGCGCGCGGCUGUGCGGCGCGCGUAUGCGAUUCUGGGCGCGCCGGCGUGGAGGGCGUAUCUUGAGGAGGUGGGCGAGAAGGGCGACGCGGAGCUGGAUGAGGUCGUGAGGCAGAGGGUUACGACGCUAUGGCACUACGGCGGUACGUGCGCUAUGAAGACGUCUACAGCCGUACUCGGAGAUGGCGUGGUCGAUACGCGCUUCCGCGUCGAAGGCGUCGAGGGAUUGCGCGUAGCCGAUACGAGCGUCAUCCCGUUCCCCGUAGCCGGACACACGCAGGCUGUGGCGUAUGCGAUUGGAGAGAAGAUGGCCGAACUGCUCGCGCGGGAGUACGCGUUUUGA